GUCUCCUGAAUCCUACCAAGAAUUGUGUUCAACUCUCAGUCGUCACCAUGAGCAACAAAUUCUUGGGCACCUGGAAACUUGUCUCCAGUGAGCACUUUGAUGAUUACAUGAAGGCUCUAGGUGUGGGGUUAGCCACCAGGAAACUGGGAAAUCUGGCCAAACCCAGUGUGAUCAUCAGCAAGAAAGGGGACUAUAUUACUAUACGAACUGAAAGUGCUUUUAAAAACACAGAGAUCACCUUCAAGCUGGGCCAGGAAUUUGAAGAAACCACAGCUGACAAUAGGAAAACCAAGAGCAUUGUAACCCUGGAGAAAGGCUCACUGAAUCAAGUACAGAAAUGGGACGGCAAAGAGACCACCAUAAAGAGAAAGGUGGUGGACGGAAAACUGGUAAUGGAAUGUAUGAUGAAGGGCGUGGUGUGCACCAGAAUUUACGAGAAGGUCUGA